CCGGUCAGUGUAAAUAAACACGAGAGGAACCGGAGAAAAGUAGUAAACUCUGUAAAUAAUACGUUCUUGGUUUAUGUAAUUAAAACGUGUUCGAACAAAAUAGUCAUCAUUAUUUACAAGCACACCGGACAUACUGCCGCAGUUGUUCCUGAGGCAAAGCCACACAGAAAAAACAUUUACAGUUACUAUAUGUUAUGGAGGAGCUACACAUUCAUUGCCAGAAUUGUGUGAACAGAAGAUGCAUGGUGAGACUAGAGCCUGGGGUUUCAUGUGACCUCAUGGGCUGUCCUCUUGUGUGUGGGGCAGUUUUCCACUCAUGCAAAGCAGAUGAGCACCGUUUACUCUGUCCAUAUGAAAGAGUGCCUUGCCUAAAUAAUGGUUUUGGAUGCCCCUUUACUAUUGCCAGAAUGAAAAUGGCACAGCAUCUGGGAAUCUGUCCAGCCAGUGUUGUGUGCUGCACCAUGGAGUGGAACCGAUGGCCUGUUAGCUAUGCUGAUCGUAAAUCCUAUGAAAACUUGAGUAAGGAAGUUUAUGAUGUAGAACAACUAGAUAUGGCAUUGGCCUUGCAAGAUCAGCGCAUGUUACUUGAGUCUCUCAAAGUGACCACCACCGUGGCAAAAACAGUGGAUAAACAAAAUGAGGAAAAUAAAAGAAUGAACUCUACUACUGAAGAAGCAGAUUUAAGCGGUGGACUGAUCGAAAUGGAUGGGGAGACGUACGAUGAACUUUACAAGGCAUCAGUGGAAACCAGCAGAAAUUUAGCAGCAGCUUUAGACAUUCUCAGCAGUGCAAACAAAAGUAUUGACUUGAUCAUGGAAAACCUCAGUGGCAGGAAUGGAGAUAAAAAUGGGGCUUGUCACGGCGGUGUAAAUGGCGAUCAUUGUUUAGAAGAAAAUAAAAUGGACCUUAUGAGGGAAGGUGUCUCAGAUUCAGAAUGUGAGCUGGGAGCUGUAGGUGGAGUAGACUGUGAUUUUCCAGUAGAUUUUGAUGAAGGUGAGAGUGAGUACAAGGAGCAAAAUGCAUUUAAGUCUUUUGAUGAAGAGGAAGAAAUAAAUGGCAAUGUGAAUUUUGAUGGACAUGGAUUUUUAAGUGGAGAGGAUAAUCAAAAUCAUGUUAGACUUGAAAUGCAUGUGGAAAGACCUGUGGUACAUUUAAACAACUUUGCAGAUGUCAGGCCUAUGAUGCCUUAUUAUCCUAUGCCCAUUGUAGCACGGCAACCAGAAAUAGCACAUUCACCCCAGCUGCCCCUACCUCCACCCAUACCUCUGCCUGAUUUAGUACAGAACAAUGUUUUACACCAACUCCCUGUUGAAAUUGAGGACCGGUGGCUGGAGCGCAAGUUGCAGAACCUUCAAGUCCUUAGAGGUAUGAGCGUGUUUACAUGCAAUGGACGAAAGACUCUUCUCCCCAAUCCAUAUGUGUUCCGGGCUAAGAUGGAAGAUAAGGCAGUGGACACAUCUGACUUGGAGGUUAUGGAUGAUCCAAUAGGCCUUCAUGGUAUCGACUUGAUCACUGCUGCUUUACUGUUUUGCCUCGGUGAUUCCCCAGGAGGUAGAGGCAUUUCGGACAGCCGUUUUGUUGAUGGGUAUCGAAUUGACUUUGGCACUCAGACUUUUUCCUUUCCCUCUGCUAUACUGGCCACAAGCACUAUGGUGGGUGAUAUUGCCUCAGCGUCUGCCUGUGAUCAUGCCAGCCCUCAGCUUUCCAACCCAAGCCCUUUCCACACACUUAGACUCGACCUGGUGCUGGAGUGUGUUGCUCGUUACCAGACCAAGCAGCGCUCAAUGUUUACAUUUGUGUGUGGGCAACUGUUUCGCCGUGAUGAGUUCUCCUCUCAUUUUAAGAAUGUCCAUGGGGACAUUCAUGCUGGGCUCAAUGGCUGGAUGGAGCACAGGUGCCCUUUGGCAUUUUAUGGUUGCACCUAUUCCCAGAGGAGAUUCUGCCCCUCUGUGCAGGGCUCUAGAAUUAUUCACGACCGGUACUUGGGUUCGUUUGGUGUGCAGUCUGGCUUAGCUGAACGUCCAGAUAAAGUCCAGCGCUACAGUCUCUCCUACAGUGACCACCUCAGCGGCUUACCCUUUGAGCUACUGCAGCAUGUCGCAAGCUUUUUGGAUGGUUUUAGUCUGUGCCAGCUGUCCCGUGUGUCUCGCACCAUGAGGGACGUCUGUGCUAGUCUGCUAAAAUCGCGUGGUAUGGUGGUCUUGCUUUGGGCAAAGACAAGACGUGCAGACGGAUCUUUCUCAUGGCAAAUUCACGACAAGGUGUGGAAAUUUAGCACAGCCUUUGGAACAGUGAAUGAGUGGAAAUUUGCCAACAUUUCCAGUAUGGCUGACCACCUGAAAAAGUGCAAGUUCAACACCGUGGCCCGUCGAGAGGAAGCCGUCCCUCUGCCAUGCAUGAGUCACACCAAGGAACUGACUAAAGAAGGUCGCUCCGUGUGCUCCAUGCUCAGGCCAGUUUUAUAGGAUAAGCUUCAAAUAGAAAUGUUCUGCUGUAAUAGCUUUCAGUAUGACAGAUGAGUGUGAAGUUUUUAUUUAACACUACUGGAGUUAGAUUUUUUUUUUUACUGUGUCAUAAGAAUUAAAUUAAGCAGAGCCUUAAUGUAAAAACAUCCUUAUUUACAUUUAUUUUCUAAUAAACACAUGCUGGGUUUAUUAUUAUUUUA